AUGCCAAAGCUCACAUACGUACUCAAAGGCAUCAAAUCGUCACAGUCCAAAGACUCAGCCUCAAAAACAAAAACACGUCUUCCCAUCACACCCAAGAUACUACAGGAGCUCCAGCUCGCUUUUCAUAACCCCUCAUUUGAUAACGUAAUGCUCUGGGCUGCCUCUCUGACAUGUUUCUUUGGGUUUCUUCGAUCUGGCGAGAUAACUGUCCCAUCGCCCUCUUGUUUCGACCCCUCGGCCCAUCUCUGCCUGGCAGAUAUCUCUGUUAACGAUGCACAGCAACUGUCCAUUAUUCGGCUGCACUUAAAGGCAUCCAAAACAGACCCAUUCAGACAAGGAGUCGAUGUUUAUGUUGGGCGCACCGGCAGCGCUCUUUGUCCCGUAGCAGCACUCCUUAACUACCUGGCCAUUCGUGGUACAAAUCCUGGCCUACUCUUCCAUUACCAAGAUGGUGCACCUCUCACAAAAUGCAAAUUUACCUCCUCCUUCCGUAAGGCUCUUUCAUCACGGGGCAUUGACAGUUCGCUGUACGCAGGCCAUAGUUUUAGAAUUGGCGCAGCCACGACUGCUUCACUGAACGGCGUCGAGGACUCCAUGAUUCAAACCCUCGGGUGA